UGCUCCGACGGCGCAUGACGAAUGGCUCGCGUUAGCGCCUGGGAGAGGAGGGAUCCGUAGAAAAUUUGACCCUUUCGUUGUGAUUUUCGUGAGAAUUUUGCCUUUUUUGGGUUAUAUGGAGUGCACACACGUUGGGCAAGCCGUGAAAGUUGGUUCAAAACUUAUUCAAAAGAUACGCCGUGAAAAACCGGCACAGUGGACGUGCUCAAGUUGUAGAUCAACAAAAAGUCCGUGGAUAUGUCUGCGUUGUGGUGUCAUCAACUGCGGAAGGUAUGUGAAUGGUCAUGCUAAAGCUCACCACGAAGACAAUCAACACCAUUCGGUGUGUUUGGAUCCAAGUUUGUCUGCGUUUUGCUAUGCUUGUGACGAAUUCGUAAUCAACGAUACAAAAUCGGGAGAUAUUCAGAGAGUACGCGAAAUAAUUUUAGAGAGAGAAAAUAGGAAACGUUGUCUGCAGGAUACAACUUCACCUGAAAGACAAAAGAAAGCUUUGAAAGCAAAUCAAGAAAAUAUAGGAAGGGUGAAGUACCUACCAGGUCUUCGAAAUCUUGGGAACACAUGUUUCAUGAAUGCAGUGUUGCAAUCUCUAAGUAACAUUCAAUCAUUCAGCUGUUAUUUCAAGGACCUUCCUGCAUUUGAGCUCAGAACAGAUAACUCGUGUGGAAAACAGCCCUACUUUACCAGAAGCAGGAAAACAGAUGAAGGAUCCAUUGUGGAAGAAUUACGAAAAGUACUGUGUGCACUAUGGCAGGGUGGAGGAGUCACUCACUCUCCUGAUGCUCUGUUUUCUGUUGUGUGGAAAGUAGUCCCAAGAUUCAGAGGCUACCAACAACAAGAUGCCCAUGAAUUCAUGCACUAUCUGUUGGACAGAUUACACAGUGAACUUCUUCUGUCUCCAAAAAGUUUUGGAACAACAGAAACCAUCAUUACAGGGAUCUUUGGUGGUCUAUUACAUAGCGAGGUCAAAUGUUUAGUUUGUGGAACGGAGUCAAAGAAGUAUGAUCCAUUUCUAGAUUUGUCACUAGAAAUUCCAGCAGAAUUUCAAGUACGAAAAUCAAAGACUAGAGAUCCUCAAGUUUGUCGACUUCAAGAUUGCUUGUAUCACUUUAUAUCACUUGAAGAACUAGCAGAGUCUGAACUAUACAUUUGUCCAAAUUGUAAAAAGAGACAGAAGUCUACCAAGAAAUUUUGGAUUAAAAGACUACCAAAUGUGUUGUGUUUGCAUCUGAAACGUUUCAAAUUUCAAGCGUUUCAUCGGAGCAAAGUUGAUACUUAUGUACAGUUCCCCAUGAGGGGACUAGACAUGAGUCCUUAUUGUUUACAAGACCAGGAUGAGAACCCAAAGGCAUUUCUUUUUGAUCUUGCGGCUGUUGUUGUUCAUCAUGGCAGUGGAGUUAGUGCGGGACAUUACACAACGUUUGCUUUUCACGAUGGACUAUGGUAUAAUUUUAAUGACAGCAAUGUAACACAAACAGAAGAAGGCCAUGUGAGUGGAAGCAAAGGCUAUAUCUUCUUUUACACACGAAGGCACCCCAACAUGGCCAUCCUGGACAAGAUUAGGAAAUAAAUACAAUUUUUUCAGUUGUCAGUGAUCUAUUCAAAUUUCUUUGCUAUUUUUUCAAUUGCUGCUAAUCCUAGGCUUGAUGCCAAAGGAGAAAAAGGAAUGAGACAUUCUGUUGAAACUCCCCACAAUAUUAGAUUUAUUCUUCUGUUUAUCUUCUAUUUGUUGGGAAAUCUCUUGUAUUAUUAGCUUUCAGUAAAAGUGAUCUGUGAGAAGAAUUUGGAGAGUUUGACACUUGUAAAUAGUCAAAUCUAAAUCAAUCCCGUAUGAGCCUGUGUAAUUAAAGUAGAAAGGAGACAGGAAGAGAGAGAAGCUUUACCAGAGGCGUCGUGUAAAUAAGAAUAAAGUGCACUUUGAAAA